CUCUCCUCCACCAGCCGCCGAGUCAGUGUGUGGAUGCUCGCCGCUCCGGAGUGCACCGAGAGCGGACUGCUGCUGCUGCUGCUGUCGCCCGCCCGCACACCCAACUGACACAGCAGCCGGAACCGCAAACAGCAUCCGCAGGUGACGCUGUGCUUGACAGACCAUGUCUCUCCCCUGGAGUCUCAUCCUGGGGGUCCUCUGUGCCACUCUGACGCUGUCACUCAGCUCUGAGCCCGGGGUGCCACACAGCAAGAGACGGCAGACUCAGUCGUCAAUGAGAGGCCCCAACAGCCUCCAGGAUCCUCCUCAAGCUGUCCAGAGCUACAGCAAGGAGCGCAGGGGCCACAAGAGCCAGGGGCUGCUCUCCCACAGAGCCCUGCACCCACUGGCACGGCCAGAUGAUGAUGGCACUGGUCUGGAGAGCCUGGGUCCAGUCAGAGUGGAGAUGAGUAACGACAGGGAGAGAGUUCGGGGCAAGGGCCAUGCUCCGGAGAAGCAGCUUCUGGGGUCACGGAAGGGAAGAGGACACGGACAUGGACACUUUGACCACAAAAGACGUCGUGACAAGGGGCGACACGGAAAAGUGUUCCUCCCAGAUGUGGCUCUGAGAUCUCCACUAAAGGACAGAGAUCAGUCCGAGGAAUCAUCCCCCGCCUCACCCUCCUUCAUGGACGCCUCACCCGGUGACUCCCCUUCCCCCAACGGCGGUGUCUUUGGCUCUGGAUUCUCCAUGGUUACCACGGUGAUGAACGAGCAUCCCCCAACGAUGCCUCCAUCCUUCACCAAACCCCAGAAGUCUGGUCAAGGAGAGGUGAUGCCGACUUUAGACAUGGCUCUUUUUGACUGGACCGAUUAUGAAGACAUGAAACCGGUGGACGUCUGGCCGACGUCCAGGAAGAAAGAUAAGAGGCGGAGCAAGAACGCGAGCAGCAGCAAUGUGACCGCAGAACCUGAUUCCAUCGAACCAUGUGACCACCACCUGGAUUGUCUGCCAGGGUCCUGCUGUGACUUGAGACAACAUGAGUGUAAAGCUCACAACCGAGGACUCAACAACAAGUGCUACGACGACUGCAUGUGUGAGGAAGGUUUCCGCUGUUACGCCAAAUUCCACCGCAAGCGACGAGUAACCAGACGGAGGGGCCGAUGUGUCGUACCCGAGUCGGUCAGCAGCGAUCACGGGGGAUUCAUUACCAUCUGAGAAGAGGGAGAGAAGUGGAAGGACGGACACUCAGCCAUCUUAAGGACAGUUGCAGCCAAGAAGUCACGUCACGUACUGUAGAGCGCUACGAUUUUCCUCCAGUACAACGUAAUGUCCUGAAACACAUUUCAAGGUUUUAUGUUUUCAUUCACGCACUCUUACAGCCAGCUAUUUUGUGGCCACAUUUCGGGGGAAAAAAUCCAUUAAAUCUCAGAUUAUCUACAAAGGGACAAUUAAGCAAUGUUUAAUGUUGACAAGUUGUAAUGUGUCAUCAUGUUGUCAGGACAACUCAGAAUGGUAUUACAACCUUUAAAAGAGACUUUGAGAAUGUAACCUCAUGAAUGAAAGUGAAGAAAAUGUGACAGGAAACUGCUAUUUUGUAAUGUUUACAAAGAACAUUUUGACAUUCAAUACAGUGAACUUGGACAAGCACGAAGUCAUGGCAUGAAAACACAUCUUUAGUUUUAUAGUCAUUCAUGCAUGAAACACAUUUAACAUGAGUAUGAAAUCCCACAGCAACAACAUCCCAACGACACAUCCGAAUUAUUAAAGAAAAAAUUGAUCAAAAAUACCCAACAAUGAAGAAACUACAAUAAACGAACUCAACGUACGAUAAAUAUAUUUAAAAAUAAAUGCCUUCAUCUGAAAGAGUAGCAUGAUUUGACAUGAAGUGUGUUGAUGUGAAUAUAUUACGCACAUAUAUCAGAUAUUUUCUUUACCAAAUGUGGCCCAUCAAAGCAGACAGACCUAUGGUUUUCCAACUGUGGAUGUAUUUUGAUGCAAUAAUCUGGCAUCUCAUAACAGCAAGAUGCAACUGCAGCAGGCUGCAUGCAAAAACAAGCAGCAGCCUCACAUGUGGCAUAACUAGAUUUGAAGGCCCUGUGUGGCAGCCGCUUGAUUCUCAUCAUGUGUUUCUGAAUCAGAGCUCUCCGAAUUCCUCUCGAGCUGAUCGCCCCAUGGUAACAUCUAUCCCCUCAGUAGUUGGCUGAAACCUGCACUUUGGUUUUUGUUGGACAAAGCUCCAUCAAGUUCUGCUGAUCAUUGUUGUUUUCUGAACCGACUUGUGUUUAUUUAUAUUGAACGUGUUUGUCUAUGCUGGUUUCUUCUGUCUGCUUUGUUCUUGGAUUAAAGACACGCUCCGUUGUUAUU